CUUAUAUACAGUCUAUGUUUCGAUCACUUCCUCUUCAUCGUCUCCUGUCUUCUGUCUUUAAAACAAUCUCCGUAAAGCAGCGCGAGAGAAGAACAUAUUUCAUCAUCAUUUCGGGUCGUUCACUGUCACUGACGGACUGUGCUGUCAUGGCGGAGGUUAGGCAUAUUUAGGUAGAAGAAAAGUCACAACUCUGGACAGGAUCCUAAUCAGACGGCGGGCACCAUGAGGUGACGACGGUGACAUCUUGUAUUUUUGCCGACCGGGACACAUGGCAAGGAUCACCUUUUCCUGCCUGCCGGCCUCCUGGUACUGCAGCGUGUCCCUGCUGUCUCUGGGCUGUGCCCCCCGGCAGAGACUGCUACUGCUGCUCUUCAUCACCUGCGCCCUACUCCUCAUGGGAACCUACCAGAGGCAGCUGUGGGGCCCACAGCGGCGGCCCGGGUCCCGAGUCAACAAGUACCUCUCCAGCGCGGAGUCCAUGGAGGCCACCGACGUCCUCAACCCUGCUCUGAAUUAUGGGAUCGUGGUGGACUGUGGCAGCAGUGGUUCUCGGGUCUUUGUGUACUACUGGCCCCCCCACAACGGGAACCCUCACACCCUGCUGGAUGUCAGACAGAUGAGGGGCCACGACCGCAUGCCAGUUGUCAAGAAGAUCAAACCUGGUAUCUCCACCCUGGCGAACACGCCCACGCAGGCCAGCGACUACCUCCACCCUCUCCUCAGCUUCGCCGCGGCUCACGUCCCAAAGACCAAACACAAAGAGACGCCACUCUACAUCCUCUGUACUGCUGGCAUGCGGCUGCUGCCGGAGAGCCAGCAGGCGGACAUCUUGGAGGACCUGGUCACUGAUGUUCCCUUGGAGUUUGACUUCCUGUUUUCCAGAUCCCAUGCCGAGGUCAUCUCUGGGAAACAAGAAGGAGUGUACGCGUGGAUUGGCAUUAAUUUCGUGUUGGGCCGCUUUGAGCACGCCGAUGACGAGGACGCCACAGUGGAGGUGACGACGGGGUCUCAGAACCAGCAGCCAAUCAGCAGGCGGCGCACCGUGGGCAUCAUGGAUAUGGGUGGAGCUUCGCUGCAGAUCGCCUAUGAGGUGCCCAGCGCCAUCACCUUCAGUUCACCACAACAAGAGGAGGCCAGUAAGAGUGUUCUCGCGGAGUUUAAUCUGGGCUGCGAUGUCGAGCACACACAACACGUUUACCGAGUCUACGUCACCACGUUCCUCGGCUUCGGAGGAAACAUGGCCAGGCAGCGCUACGAGGACCGUCUCGUCAACGACACGCUGGCCAAGAACAGGUUUCUAACCACUCAGACGGGCCUGAGUGAGGACAAACCGUACCUGGACCCCUGUCUGCCGGUCAGCCUGUCAGAGACGGUUUUCAGGGACAACCACACGCUGUAUCUGCGGGGUCAGGGCGACUGGCCUCAGUGUCAAGAGGCCGUGCGACCCUUCCUGGGACUCCACAACGGCACCAUGUCACCAGGGGGCGUCUACCAGGCUCCCAUCAACUUCAGCAACAGUGAGUUCUACGGCUUCUCCGAGUUUUUUUACUGUACGGAGGACGUGCUGAGGCUGGGAGGACAGUACGACAGUCAGAAGUACUCCAGGGCUGCCAUGGACUACUGCGCCACCAAGUGGCCGAUACUGAAACAGCGCCUGGACAACAAGCUUUUCUCUCAGCAGGCCGACAUCAGCAGACUCAAGUAUCAGUGCUUCAAGUCGGCAUGGAUGUACGAGGUGUUGCACUCCGGCUUCCGUUUCCCCACCGAGUACCUGAGUCUGAAAACAGCCCAGCUGGUUUACGACAAGGAGGUCCAGUGGACUCUGGGAGCCAUCCUGUUCAAAACUCGCUUCCUGCCUCUCAGGGACCUACAGCAGGAAACGCUGCGGCAGAGCCACCCCAGCUGGCUGCGCUCCUCCUUUGUCUACAACCACCACCUGUUCUCGCUCUGCAUCCUGGUGGUGGUGCUGGCCAUCCUGCUCUACAUCCUGCGCCUGCGGAGGAUCCACCAGCGCGAGCAGCGGCAGGCCGAGGCCCUGAACCUCCUCUGGGCCGAAGAGGGCGAGGCCCUCCUCCCCUGAGAAACCCGUCCGGCAUCGGAGGCUCCAGACUGCCUGACCCUGCAGGCUCCCGUGUCCCUCCAUGACCACGAUACUAAAACGCCACAGAAUGGGAGUACGGAGGACAGGAAAAGAAAAGCUGGAAAAUUACCCAACAGUUAAGGGUGUGACUCGACUAAUGAGGAUAUAUGGGCCAAAGAUUUGACUGUACAGAGACAGUUUAAUGAGCCCGGAAAUCAAACUCCCUCUGUAUAUUCUUUGAUCAUACAGCUUUAAACACAGAGCCCAUCUCAGACUGGAAAGAUGUUUCUCUGUGUUCACUUUCAUCUCUGGGAAAAAAGAAUCAACGUGGCAUAACAGGAUUGAACAACUAUCAUUAUUCCUCCCCAAUAUCCAAAGCCAUGUUUUCUGUGUAGGUGCUCAGCUUAGUUUAAUGGCAGUCUGCACAGUUAACCUGGAUCCAGGGGCUUGAUAAAUGUCUUAACUGCUGAGCGAGAAGUACAGAGGCGGUAGUGUCCCAGACCCAGGCAGAGUCCAUAUAUCAUAGGGAUAUGGAUUUGUUGAGGACUUUGAAGACCAUUCAACAUCCAUUUGGCCCUGUUUUUCUUCCAAUUAACAACUUUGUUUGAGGCUAGUUGCCUGCCAAAGUUUGUAUAUUUUACUAAACACAUUGCAUCUUUAGUGCUUCACAUUUGUCGUAGAGUGCAGAUCGGGCC